AAAAAAAAAAAGACAAAAAAAUCCCACCGCAAAUCCAGCUGAAACUCCCUCGUUCUCCUCCAUUGGAAAAUCCCAAUUCCCCUCAAGGUAUACAAAAUUCCCCCCCCUUUUCUCCUUGAGAAGCUCUAGCUCUACCUCUCCCUCUGGUGAAGAGCCGACCCCCACACACCCACCCACCACCAAUGUGGGCCCCCUCGCCGCCGAGAGCCCGGCUCUCCGCGGCCCUACUCGCCCUCUUCACGGCAUCAUUCGUCGUCUCCACCGGCGUGAGAGCGCAGGACUACGAUAUCGGCACCGGCGUGAAAGAAGAGAAACCGAAGGCAUCGCCGCAGGACAGCUGCAUCGGCGUGUUCCUGACGUACACGUUCAUCGAGCGCGAGAAGGAGUACCCGCACGUGAAGAACGCGUCGGCGCAGGCGUACGCGUUCAGGUCGCAGGUGACGGUGCUGAACACGAUGAGCGAGGAUCUGAAGGCGUGGAAGAUCUUCAUCGGGUUCCAGCACGACGAGAUACUGGUGUCGGCGGGCGGGGCGGUCGUGACGGAAGGCACCGACUUCCCGGCCCACGUCGGGAACGGGACGUCCCUGUCGGGGUUCCCGCAGACGGACCUGAUGAACGCGAUCGACACCGCGGGCGACAUGACGCAGAUCCAGGUGCAGAUCGACCUGACGGGCACGCAGUUCGGGGUGAAGCCGCCCGGGGUCCCGAUGCCCAGGACGAUCAAGCUGCAGAACGAGGGGUUCAAAUGCCCUGCUCCAACCAAGAAGGGCAGCCAGAUGUAUGUGUGCUGCGUGAAGGAUCCGAAGUUUAAGCACAAGAAGGCGAACAGCACGCGAUUCCUCCCGCGGCAGAAAGGCGACCUCACCAUCGCCUACGACGUGCUCCAGUCCUACGGAAGCAGCUAUCUCGCUCAGGUGACGAUCGACAACUGGAGCCCCCUCGGGCGCCUGGACAACUGGAACCUCACCUGGGAGUGGAAGAGAGGAGAAUUCAUCUACAAGAUGAGAGGGGCCUACACUCUCAAGAAAGACUCCUCGUCUUGCAUAUACGGCGAGGCCGCGAACUACUACAAAGACUUCGACUUCAGCCCCGUCAUGAGCUGCGAGAAGAAGCCGAUCAUCGUCGACCUCCCGCCGGAUAGAGCCAAGGACAACGACAUCGCGAACCUGCCCUUCUGCUGCAAGAACGGCACUCUCCUUCCCCACAUGAUGGACCCGAGCAUGUCCAGGGCCAUAUUCCAGCUCCAGGUGUAUAAGCUUCCGCCGGACCUCAACCGCACCGCGCUGUAUCCCCCGCAGAACUGGAAGAUCAACGGCUACCUCAACCCGCAGUACGUCUGCGGCCCCCCCAUCAGGGUCAGCCCGAUGGAGUUCCCGGACCCGAGCGGCCUCAUGUCGGAGACCACCGCGGUCGCCAGCUGGCAGGUGGCUUGCAACAUCACCCGGCCGAAGAAGAAGGCCUCGCGGUGCUGCGUGUCCUUCUCCGCGUACUACAACGACUCCGCCGUGCCCUGCAGCACCUGCGCCUGCGGUUGCCCUGAUCCGGCCGCCUGCGACCCCGACGCGCGGGCGCUGCUCCUUCCGUCGGAGGCCCUCCUAGUUCCGUUCGCGAACCGCACCGCCAAGGCCAAGGCCUGGGCCAAGAUCAAGCACCGCGACGUCCCGAGCCCGCUCCCUUGCCCCGACAACUGCGGCAUGAGCAUAAACUGGCACGUUCUAUCCAACUACCGGAGCGGAUGGAGCGCGAGGAUCACCUUGUUCAACUGGGCGGAUUACACGUUCAAGAACUGGUUCGCGGCGGUCCGGAUGGACGACGACGCCUAUCUCGGCUACGAGAACAUAUACUCGUUCAACGGAACCAAGCUAAAAGAUAUCAACAACACACUCUUCUUCCAAGGACUCGAGGGCUUGAACUAUUUGGUGCCCGAGACGGACGGCAAGGACCCGGCGGUCGAUCCGAGAGUUCCCGGGAAGCAGCAGUCCGUUCUUUCGUUCUCGAAGAAGCACACGCCGAAAAUCGACAUUUUGGGCGGCGCUGGGUUUCCGACGAGGCUCUACUUCGACGGCGAGGAGUGCGCGCUCCCCGACGAGAUACCGAGGGCCGGUGGAGACCGACCGACCGUCGCCGCCACCGGACUUCUGCGAGUAGCCUUUGCCGUAGUGCUUGUUUUUGCGUCGAUUAUGAAUUACUUGUGAAGAUAAAAAAAAAAAAAAAAAAAAAAAAGCGGUUUUAAAGCGGGGAAAGAUGAUGUGUUUAUAGAUAUUAGACUUGUUGUUGUGUUCUUCAAAUUUAAUUUGUAAGGUUUACUCAUGAUUUUUGCAUAUUAUUAUACUCAAAUAUGUGUUAUAAUUGUUUACUUGUACAACCUGCAAAAUUGUGUAUUUGUAUCAAAUGCCAUGUAAAAUCACAAUGUAUUUGCU